AUGCAAGCUGCUUUAUUAAACCAUGCUGAAGCUCUAGGUGUGCUAGCAUUUUGUUAUGAAUUUGGUUUAGGUGUAGAAAAAAAUUUCAAACAAGCUGAACUACAUUACAUUCCUGCUGCUGAAAAUGGUAAUGGCUUGGCUCAAGCUAGGCUUGCUUUUCUAAGAAAAUAUGGUAGACCUUCUGUGCAUAUUGAUCGUUCUGAAGCUGAAAUGUGGCAACAAAAAGUAAAAGAUCAAGGUAAAUAUGCUAUAUCUUGGCUAUUUGAUGCUGCUUCCUUAGAAAAUCAUCCUGCUGCCCAAUACUCUUUAGGUGUUUGUUAUCAUGAUGGUGUUGGUGUUGAGAAAAAUGAAUUUGAAGCUUUCAAAUGGUAUAAAAAAUCAGCUGAGCAAGGUCAUCCACGUGGUCAAGGUAUAUUAGGCUUUUGUUAUGGUGAAGGUUUUGGUGUAAAAAAAGAUGAGGUUGAAGCUAUGAAAUGGUAUCUCAAAGCUGCUGAACAGGGCGAGUCUGUUGCCAUUUAUAAUGUUGGUUAUUGUUAUGAAGAUGGUAUAGGUGUCAAAAAAGAUGUUAUUGAGGCUGUUGGUUGGUAUCGUUUGUCUGCUGAACAAGGAAAUGCAUUUGCUCAAAAUUCCUUAGGUUAUUGUUAUGAAGAUGGUAUAGGCGUUGAACAAAACCCUUUAGAGGCUGUCAAAUGGUAUUGUAAAUCUGCUGAACAAGGUUAUCCUUGGGCUGAAUGUAAUUUAGGUUAUUGUUAUCAGAAUGCAAUAGGUGUAGAAAGGGAUGAUGUUCAGGGUGCUUACUGGUAUAAAAAAGCUGCUCUACAAGGUCAUGCUCGUGCUCAGCAUAAUCUUGGCUUUUGUUACCAGAAUGGCAUAGGUGUGGAAAAAAAUGAAAUGGAAGCUGUCAAAUGGUAUACAAAAUCUGCUGAGCGUGGAAAUAUAUUUGCUUAUCAUUCACUUGGCUAUUGUUAUCAAAAUGGUAUAGGUGUGCUUGUGAAUGAAGAGGAAGCUGUCUAUUGGUAUUUCCUGUCAGCUGAAGAACACCAUGCUCCUGCACAAUUAAGUCUUGGUUAUUGUUUUAGAAAUGGUAUAGGUGUUGAAAAAGAUGAGAAAGAAGCUGUCAAAUGGUUCACUUAUGCUGCACGACAAGGCAAUGCAUUAGCACAAAAUUCUUUGGGUUAUUGCUAUGAAGAGGGACUUGGUGUUGAAAAGGAUGAGAAAGAGGCUGUUUAUUGGUAUAAGUUAUCUGCUAGUGCACAAAAUCCAUGGGCACAAUGUAAUUUAGGAUUUUGUUAUGCUAAUGGUAUAGGCAUUGAAAAGGAUGAGGUUAUGGCUGUUAAAUGGUAUAAAAUAGCUGCUGUUCAAAACCAUGCAAGAGCACAAGAUAAAUUAGGUAUUUGUCUUCAAUUAGGUAUAGGAUGUGAGAAAGAUGAAUCUGUUGCUUUAGAAUAUUUUAAAAUGGCUGCUGAUCAAGAUCAUCUUGCAGCAAUGUAUCAUUUAGCAAAUGCUUUAGAAAAAGGCAUUGGGUGUGAUCCGGAUGUUGAGGGUGCAACCUAUUGGUUUGAAAGAGCAGCAACUUCAGGUUGUAGGACCAGUUGUGAAAGAUUGAAAAGAUUAUUGGUACAAGAGUGCUUAGGAAAAGAUGGCAAUGAUAAUCAUGUUUAUUCAUCUGGAUAUUAUGCUUCAGCUGCAUAA